AUGAAGUCGGCAUUCCUCACUCUCGUCGCCGCCUUUGCGGCCCAGCAGGUCUCCGGCCAUGCUCUUUUCCAGCAGCUUUGGGUUGAUGGAGAGGAUUAUAUAAGUCUCCCCUUCGUCCACGCGUCCCAGUGCGCUCGUGUCCCCAUGUCCAACACCCCCGUGACCAACACCGGCAGCCCCGACAUUCGCUGCAACGCCGGCGGCUCCAAGGGCGUGGGCGCCAAGUGCCCCGCCAUUGGCGGCGCCCACUACGGCCCCGUCAUCGUCUACCUCUCCAAGGUGGCCGACGCGCAGACGGCGGACGGCUCGGCCGACUUCUUCAAGAUUUUCCAAAACGGGUGGACGUCGGCCGGCGCCGUCGGCGACAACGACAACUGGGGCGUCAAGGACAUGAACGCGUGCUGCGGCAAGGUCGACGUGCCCAUCCCCGCCGACAUCCCCGACGGCGACUACCUCCUCCGCGCCGAGGUCGUCGCGCUCCACGCCAUGCCCGCCCAGCUCUACAUGACGUGCUACCAAAUCACCGUCUCGGGCGGCUCCGGCACCGCCGUCCCCGCGGGCGUCAAGUUCCCCGGCGCGUACAGCGCCGCGGACCCCGGUCUCACCGCCAACAUCCACGGUGCCAUCAGCGCCUACGUCGUGCCCGGCCCCGCUGUCAUUCCUAGCGGUCUCGAGGUCACGGCUGGUUCCGGAUGCUCUGCCGGUUGCCAAAAGACGUGCGUGGCUGGCGAUAAGCCGAGCGUGCACCUCGAGGUUGCUGCGCCUCCUGCUUCCCCUGCCGGUGGUGCUCCUGCUGCGGGUGGUGCUGCUGGCUCUUGUGAGGUUGCCAAGUACCAGCAGUGCGGUGGCCAGGGUUACACCGGCUGCACGAACUGCGCUUCCGGCUCUAGCUGCGAUACCACCAACCAGUACUACCAGCAGUGCGUCUAA